AUGACAGCUUCUUCAGAUAGUUCAUCCUCUGAUACGUGGAUAUAUGAUCAUCUACAUAAAGUAUACUUUCAUCCAUUGACUAAUACAUAUGCUGUCCCGGAUCCAGUCACAGGUCAAUGGUCAUAUAUCCCUUCUGGUGAAUUCAAUUCCACCUUCACGUCCACGUCCGCGUUGACGUCAACAACAACGAAUACACUACAAGUAGAUUCUGGAUCAGAAAAUGGAAUCAGGAAAAAGACGAAUCUCAAUGGAGAAGACGAAAAGGAAGAAGGUGAAAUUGAGGACGAUAUGGGUUGGGGAGGGUUGAUGGAUCCUUCGAAAUUAGCUCAAAUACAAAUUGACAAAGAGAAAGCUGGAUCCAGCAAACAGACCAGUAAAAUAAUACGUCCUACCCAGAAUCAAGAUCUGCGUCUAAAAGAGAAACAUCCUGCUUAUACAGUAUCUGAACCUGCACCAUAUGAUGAUCCGACCCUCUAUUCCUAUCCAACAGAUAAUGGCAUCGAUGCAGAGGAUGAGCUUGGUGCAAAUAUAAAUGGGAAAUCAAAAGAAUCACCAAAUCAUAUCUUACGAUUAGUAGUCAUGACAUCGAAUUGUUUGGAAAGUGGACAAGUCGGUCUUGUAGACACGAGAGAAAACGGUAUUCAAUUGGGUAGAGACAGGUGUGAGAAAGGUGGUCAAGCUAGGAUCAGAUUAAAGGAAAUGGAAGUUAGUAAAACCCAUUGUGUUAUUUAUUGGGGUAAAGGCAAUGAUCAUCCUCCAUCAAAUGGCGAAAAAGGUGAAAUCGAAAACGAAGAAAAUUGGUGGAUAGUUGAUUUAGGCUCAACACAUGGUACAUUCAUAUUACCCCCGAACGCCAUCCCAGAUGUACCAUCUACCAUCAAAUCGAAAACAAAAAGGAACCGACUGUCAGAACCUAAACAUUCAUCUAAACCAUUCAAGUUGACUCAUUUAUCUCGACUUCUGAUUGGCACAACAACCUUCGAAAUCCACAUUCAUCCUUCAUGGCCAUGCGAUCUAUGCUCUAUCAAUAACGCCAAUGAAAUCCCAUUAGAUGAUGGUCAACCCAAGCUUAAACCAGCAUCCGAGGAAGUACCUUCUGAAGGUAAAGGCGAACACGGCUAUACGAUCGCGAUGGAUUCAUCACAGAAGAAACAGAACAGGGAACUGAAACGAAAGUUGGAAAUGGCAUUAUUGAAAGAAAACCUAAUGAAAAAGAACGGCGGGGGUGACUCAAUAGCAUCACUAACAAUCAAAGAACAAAUGGACGGAUCACAGUCACCCAAAAGAGAAUAUUUAGAUAGAUCAGCUAUGAGAAGAAGAUUACAUCCACCUUCUCCUCCUUCCAGAUCAAGCACAACUUCAAAAGCCGUUACACCGGAAUAUACCUCAACGACCAUUUCUCAUGAUGCGACAGGUGUCAAUGCACUUUCAAUUCAUAAUAACGGUCCAUCAAAAUUCGCGUCUUCCCUGUUGGCAAAUCAAGGUUGGACACCUGGUUCAGGUUUGGGUAAAUCGAAUCAAGGAAGAUCGGAACCUAUCUUAGCUGAAAUGAGAAAUUCCAAGAAAGGUUUAGGCGCAAAAGGUAGUAAAGCCAUUGUUGAUAAUGGUGAUGGUGAUUGGAAGAUACGUGGGAAACAAAGAAGAUGGGACGAAAUCUCCAAGGAAGGUUUCGAUUAA